AUGAAAUUAAUUUUCACUUUUUAUUUUUUUUUAAUUUAUUUUAAUUUUUUUUAUCAUUGUUCCUCAAAACAGCUAAACUAUUAUUCGUUAUCCAAUGAGGGAAGGCCCUAUCCUCAGCCUAGGGAAUGGAAAACAAUAAACAGCAAUGAUGGUUACUCAAGUGUAGAUUUGAUCAAGUUUCAAAGCUAUCCUAACCAAGUAGAGGAAUUUAGAUUAGAAAUCAAUGAAGAUCUUUAUUAUAAAGAUAUUAAUAUCAAUAUUGCCUCCCAUGACCCAAAAGUUCAAAGCAAAAUUAAACUAGAGUUUGGUGAAAACAAAUACAUUACAGGUAAAACACCAUGGUUGGUACAGGUUUGCGGGGUAGAGUCGAUAAACUUUAAUAUUACAUGCAUUAAUAAAAUGGAAAAUGAACCAUGCUCAUUAACAAUUCUAAUAAAUUCAACUUCCACCAUAGACCUAUGCUCAAACGGUGUCGAGUUUAACUAUGUAGCAAUACUAAAUGACUGGUUUGAUUCCUUGGUAAAAACUGGAGAUGUUAUUUAUUAUAUUUUAGAAAAGUUUAUCCCAAUAACAAAAUAA